CGGCGCCCUCCGGGGAGGCCGCGCCCCUCCGCGGAGGCCCCGCCCCUCCUGGGAGGCCCCGCCCCCGCCCCGCCCCGCCCCUGCCCGCCGCGGCCGCCGAUGGAGGCCGAGGCCGAGGCGCGGCUCCUCUUGCAGGAGGCUCGGGAGAGCAUCGAGGCGGCGCGGAGCUACCGCCGGGAGCUGCGGCACCGCCUGGGGGGGCUGCAGCAGGCGCGGCAGCAGAUCAGAGAAAGUGCAACGCUGACCAGAGAUGUACUUGAGCAACAUUUUAAUGAUUUAAAAGGGACCCUAAAGAAGCUGUUGGAUGAGCGACUGAUGUCACUGCUGCAGGAAGUGGAUGCUAUAGAACAAGAGAGCAUCAAACCGCUGGACGAAUGCCAGAAGCUAAUAGAGCACGGAGUCAGCACUGCUGAUGAUCUGCUCCAGGAAGGAGAGAGUGCAGUCCGUGAAGAUGUGGGACAACAGAAUGAAAAACUUUGCAACUUUACAAAAAAAGCUUUACAUAUUCAGCUAGAUAGCUUACCAGAAGUGCCCUCCUUGGUUGAUGUGCCUUGUUUAUCUGCCCAGCUGGAUGACUGCCUUCUUACCAUACUGAAAAAUGAAAUAUUCAGACAUGGAACUGUAGCAUCUCGCCCACCUGUACAGUUAGAGGAAUUUGUUGAGAAGCCUGGAGGUAUUUUAGUCCGAUGGUGUAAGGUGGACGAUGACUUCGUACCACAAGAUUACAGACUGCAAUAUCGUAAGAGCACUGCCAAUCACUUUGAAGAUGUGUAUGUUGGCUCAGAGACAGAGUUCAUAGUACUGCAUAUUGAUCCUAAUGUCGAUUACCAGUUCAGAGUCUGUGCCCGAGGAGAUGGACGGCAAGAGUGGAGUCCGUGGAGCGUUCCUCAGAUCGGCCGCACCACGCUAGUGCCCCAUGAAUGGACAACUGGUUUGGAGGGUUAUAGCUUGAGCAGUCGAAGAAACAUAGCACUUCGAAAUGAUUCUCAGUCAUGCGGUGUGCUCUACUCCAAAGCUCCUACUUAUUUCUGUGGGCAAACGUUAACAUUCAGAAUUGAAACUGUGGGACAGCCAGACAGACGAGACAGCCUAGGAGUGUGUGUGGAGCAGCAGAAUGGCUACGAUUCUUUGCAGCGGGACAAGGCUGUGUGUAUUAGCACAAAUGGGGCAGUAUUUGUAAAUGGGAAAGAGAUGACAAACCAACUGCCUGCUGUUACUUCUGGAUCAACUGUGACAUUUGACAUGGAAGUUGUGCAGUUAGGACCUUCCAGCAAUGAGGGAGGAAACUUCAAGCUUAGAGUAACCAUUAGCUCUAACAACAGGGAAGUGGUCUUUGACUGGGUACUGGAUCAAUGCUGUGUCUCUUUGUAUUUCGGAUGUUCGUUUUCAUACCCAGGCUGGAAAGUUCUGGUGUUUUAGCAGCUCAUGUGAGUGAAGGGAUUCUUGUUCUUGCUAUACUGUGUAAUGUUAAAACCUGGAUUUCCAGCUGUUUGAUAUCAACAAUCUUUUUACUACUUGAACUCCGCUAUAUUGUACUUCUUACUGGAUUCAUUUCAAAAACGUAGUUGUGAAACAUUGGAUUUUUUACUCUGGAAAAAGCUAAACAGGCAUUGGUGUAGACAUUAAUUUAAGCAAGUCCAUAAGACUUUACCCUUUUUUUUUUCCUCCAGACUUGAUUUUGUCAGUAUUUUGUUGUACUCUAGUCUCAGGGUACGCUUAUUGUAUGAAAUUAACUUCGCUUAAUGCUGCUGUUCUGUGAAAUAAGCCUAUAAACUUUAGGGGGUUGGAGGUAAUGGACCAAAGCUUUAUUUAUACCACUCAUAAAAAGAGCAAAGUAUUUAGAGCAGCGAUGCAUUGCUAUGCUUUCUUGUACACAAUGCUGCCUUAAUAAUAUGAAUGGAUAGUGGGUUCUGCAUGCAACCACAGUUUCUUCCAUGCACGGUACUGUUCAUUUGCCUCAAAACAAGGAUGUCUGAGCCGUGGUGUUUGUUCAGAUAUGUACCUAGUCUGUUAAGUGACUCGGUUUUAUGUAAGUGCCUUACUUCCAUGUAUUUCUUGAACUGUUUUCUGUAUUGUUACUUGGAAUACAUUUUCUAGAGUAGUUGCAGGGUGGUGCUUACAUCCUCAACUUAAUACUGACACUUGUCUCACGUUAGACCAAUGCCUACAGUCAGACAGUUAUCCUUCUCUGGUCUGAAUGUCUUUUCUAGUUAUAUUUUACUUUGUAGCUGAUGUCAGAGCAAGUCUGGGUGGUGUAGUGCUCAAGUAUGACAUGCAGAUGGCAGCCAUGAUUCCUCACAGAGCCCCCUUAAAAUGCAGAGGCAACUUUCUGCUGUCCCAGCAACAGUGACAGUGAGGUGCUGUUCUGCUGCACGGGACUCCUAGAAAUCCCAGCUGUCCGCUUGCACUAUUGCACGGGAAUGCAAAGCCUCCCCACAUGCUGCUACAGGCACUAGAGCCAGCUGAGGCCACUGCUACAGGCACUAGAGCCAGCUGAGGCCACACGUGGUGGCGUGCUGUCCGAGCAAGCUGGGACUGCAGCUGGAGGUGCAGCUUAGGAGGUAAUGAAGAAGGGCUUAAGGCAGACACCGCUGGCACAGAUUUAAUCUGUGGCAGUUAAAGUGGAGCAGAGGGUGGUGCUACAUUAGCUCUCUCCUCACUGUAGUACGAUGGGAUAAAAAAUGACUAUGCAUUAAUGUAAAAUUCACAUAAAGUUACCAGUAUUCCCCUUAAGAGACAAAUAAGAUUCAUAAUAAGCUUGUCACAUAGAGACUACUCCUGGUCAAAAGAUGAAACUGCAGUACUACUGCAUUUAAAGAGUACUUUAAAGUAAUGCUCACUGAGGACCUUAAAAAAGGCUUUCCUUACAUCAAGUUCAAUUAAAAAAACCAUACAUUUUAACAUGUUAGAGGGGCAAAUUGUUUUUUUAAUAAAACCUAGACAAUCAUCCUGUCCUUUUUCAUCAGUUUCAACAUCCUGUAUUAUCCCUUUAUGCUAGCAUAAGAAGUUUAAUUGCAUUGUAUUAAUACCCCCCAUAUUCAAAAUGUCAGUACAAAAAUAGUAGUUGUCCUGCCUGCAUUUUACCCCAAGCAUUGGUAGUAGGGGUACAUGAAUUUCAGAAGAGAAUGACAGCUGAUCUUAUUACCAUUUACAAGAAAAAAAAAAAUGAGAAGUUUCAGAGGGAUUGAAAGAACAUAUAGAAUUAAUUAGAAUUUACUAUAAAACAUGAAGCAAGGAAGACUGGACACCCGCAGGUUUAUUAUUCUUCUGUGCUAGCAAGGAAACAGCUGCAGUAUUCUCAGUUUAACUGUUUCACUUUUAGCAUAUCCUAUACAUCCAGCGUUCCUUUGAAUUAUUGUGAUGAGUAUUGUCAAUUGUGCUGUAUCCCAGCUGCCAUAUCUUAAACAUGGUUCUUUUGCUGUAGCUGUGAAAGUCGAGUAGAUGAUCAAACCAUAUCAGUCGUGUCUAGGGGAUCAGGCUGUCAUUCCAGCCAGCAGCCAACUUGAAUCUUGCUCCAACUAGUAGUGCUGGUAGUUUUACUAGUAAGACUUCAGGUGUCAGGUACUAGUUGUAACUCAGUACUUUUACUGUAUGGAAAUUAAAAUAGUGAAUAUCUACAUUUCUGAGGAAUAAGCAGCUCAGGUACCUUUUCACCUGCUUUCAGAGGCUCUAGUCAGACUUGAUUCUGCAGGAUAUUUACCAGCAUAAUAGAUCGUGAAAUUUAAGUCUUGAAUUCAGGUACUUCCAGAGAUGGUAAUGCCUUGUCAGUUUGUUCAGAAUAUACAUAGAAAGCAGCUUAAGAUGACUGUGAAGGGCUCCCCAGGAGGCCCCUACUGUUCCCCUUGAGAGCUGAGGAUGACAAUAGACUAAAUGGUUCUUCUGACUUAAGUUUUUAAGCUGCAUCUUGAACAGGGCCAGCUUGCCAAUUUUGUAUUUUUAACUGAACAUAAGACUAGCUGCCCAGAUCACAAAUUAGGUACUGUACAACCACCUCUUAAGAGUGGCACAUCUCAAACCUGGGAGGGGUGAAGAAUCUCAGGGCAAGACCUGAGUAAGAAAAUAACAAGGUAUCCAAAGAACCAAUAUAGGCUUGGAUUAAAAAAAGGGUUAAGUUCUGUUCUUUCACAGCAGUGUUCAGCUAGAUAGAUGACUUGGCACAUCCUUUACAGUUUUUCACCUCUAGCUAUUGGAGCCUUGCAAGGCUCUAAGAGUGUUAACUGCCUAUGAAAUCCUGAAAGUUGUUUUCUGAAGCUAGUACAUUCUCUUACCUCAAAACUAAGACAUUUGUGUCAAGUGAAAUUUGAAUUUUUUAAUAAAGUUUUAUCCCACA